AUGAACCAGAACAACUGUACUUGGGUGACAGAAUUUCUCCUUCUUGGUCUUUCUGAUGACCCUCAGACUCAGCUGCUGCUCAUUGUAUUGUUCUUGGCAGUCUACUUAGGCACUGUGCUUGGGAGCUUACUCCUCAUCUACUUGGUUAUAACUGACUCACAGCUCCAUACACCCAUGUACUUUUUUCUUUGCAACUUAUCUCUGGCUGACCUUGGUAUCUCUACUUCCAUUGUUCCCCAAGCCCUAGUCCACAUGUUAAUGAAGAAGAAUGUCAUUUCCUUUAAGGGCUGUGCAGCUCAGAUAUUUUUUUCCAUUGUUUCUGGAGCUACACAGUGUUCCUUGUUAGCUGUGAUGUCCUAUGAUCGGUAUUUGGCAAUCUGUGACCCCAUGCAUUACUCUGUCAUCAUGACAGGGAGAAUAUGUGCCCAAUUGGCAUUGGGGUGCUGGAUCUGUGGCACUGUAGCAUCCUCAGUUGACACUAUAUUCACAGUAUGCCUCCCCUACCAAGGAGACAAUAAGAUUGCUCACUUCUUUUGUGAUGCUCCAGUUCUCUUGACUCUGGCAACUGGAGACACUCAUAAAGCAGAAAUAGCCAUUUUCUUCAUGGGAGUAGUGAUUCUUCUUGUACCUGUGUCUCUGGUCCUGGUCUCCUAUGGAUUUAUCAUAGUGACUGUCAUCAGGAUGAAGACAACCUCAGGAAGACUCAAAAUAUUCUCUACCUGUGGCUCCCAUCUCCUUGUGGUCACCCUUUUUUAUGGUACACUAAUAAUUUCCUACAUGACAUCCAACUCCUCAAGGGAGCAGAUCAAGCAUGUUGCUGUAUUCUAUGGUGUCAUAAACCCUAUGCUUAACCCUCUCAUCUACAGCCUGAGGAAUAAGGAUGUAAUGAGGGCAUUCAGAAAUUCAGUAAAUGGGAAGGAAUCUUGA